AGGACGAACCGGUGCAAGAGGGAGGCGCUCCGUUACUCACUCCCGCAGACAAAACCCCGCGGCCGGCACAGCUAUAAGAGUUUAGCAGGCUACCGGCAGAUCGACGCAGCCUUCAAGCCAGAAGUGGAUUUCUUCAAGAAGACGCCUGCGCGAACCAUGGCGGACUGUGGUCUGAGUCUCGAGAAAAUCUCCUCUUUCUCCAAGAAUCUGAAAUCUGAACAAUGCUACAUACUAGCACAGAAUGUUUCCACGUGCAAUGAUCCAUUGGAAGUUUGUCUGCACAGAAAGACAGUGCAGGACACUAAUCAUGUUUUUCAACAUGUCAUUCCUGCAGAGGGUAAACCUGUGACCAACCAGAAGAAUUCAGGAAGGUGCUGGAUAUUCUCUUGUCUGAACGUGAUGCGACUUCCAUUUAUGAAAAAAUUCAAUAUAGAAGAAUUUGAAUUCAGCCAGUCCUAUCUGUUCUUUUGGGAUAAGAUAGAACGCUUCUAUUUUUUUCUUCAUGUAUUUGUGGAAACAGCCCAGCGUGAAGAACCAGUAGAUGGACGCUUGGUUCAGUUCUUGCUCUCUAACCCAACCAAUGACGGGGGUCAGUGGGACAUGCUGACUAAUCUUAUUGAAAAAUAUGGUGUGAUGCCAAAAAAGUGCUUCCCAGAAUCUCACAGCUCUGAGGCAUCUAGGCGAAUGAAUGAAAUCCUAAACCAUAAGAUGAGAGAAUAUUGUCUACGAUUGAGGAACAUGGUAACCAGCCAAGCAUUCAAAACUGAAAUUUCAGAUGCCAUUGAUGGCAUGAUGGAGGAGGUUUAUCGAGUGGUGAAUAUUUGCCUUGGUAGCCCUCCUGAAUCAUUUACUUGGGAAUACCGGGACAAGGAGAAAAACUUCCAUAGGAUUGGACCACUAACCCCCCUGGAGUUCUAUAGAGAACAUGUUAAGCCGCUAUACAAUGUCGAAGAGAAGAUCUGUUUGGUAAAUGAUCCUCGACCACAGAACCCCUAUGGAAAGCUGUAUAGUGUGGAGUACUUGGGAAACAUGGUUGGUGGGCGGAAGACUCUUUACAACAAUCAGCCCAUUGAGAAGCUCAAGAAAGUGGCAGCUGAUUCCAUCAAAGAGGGCGAGGCGGUAUGGUUUGGCUGCGAUGUCGGAAAACACUUCCAUGGAAAACUGGGCAUUAAUGACAUGAAUGUAUUUAAUCAUGAGCUAGUAUUUGGAAUCUCUGUGAAGAAUAUGUCUAAGUCAGAGAGGCUAAUAUUUGGGGACUCCUUGAUGACACAUGCCAUGGUCCUAACUGCAGUUACUGACAAGGAGAAUAAGGAAGAUGCUUAUGAGAAAUGGAGAGUUGAAAAUUCUUGGGGAGAUGAUCGAGGAAACAAAGGGUACUUGAUAAUGACUGAUGAGUGGUUCUCGGAGUAUGUGUACGAGGUGGUUGUGGACAAGAAGUUUUGCUCUGCUGAGGUGCUGGAAGUGAUGAAGCAAGAGCCAGUGUUGCUCCCAGCCUGGGAUCCAAUGGGAGCAUUAGCAUGAACCUUUGUAGGAAUUUUUAUUCACCUAUAGACUUUUAAAUAAAAAAAAAAAAGGCUGCCCCAGCCUAAUAAAUUUUAAUAAAAAAGAUGA